GGACAGAGCGGGGCGAAGGGGGAUGGGCAGAGCGGGGCGAGGGGGGACGGACAGAGUGGGGCGAGGGGGGACGGACAGAGCGGGGCGAAGGGGGACAGAGCGGGGGGUGAACACAGUGGGGCGAGGAGGGAUGGAAAGAGCGGGAGCGGGGUGAAGGGGGAGGGACAGAGUGGGGCGAGGGGGGACGGACAGAGCGGGGUGAGGGGGGACGGACAGAGCGGGGCAGGGGUGACGGACAGAGCGGGGCGAGGGGGGACCGACAGAGUGGGAUGAGCGGAGACCGACAGAGCGGGGCGAGGGGGGAGGGACAGAGCGGGGCGAGGGGGGAGGGACAGAGCGGGGCGAGGGGGAGGGACAGAGCGGGGCGAGGGGGAACGGACAGAGCGGGGCGAGGGGGGACCGACAGAGCGGGAUGAGGGGGGACGGACAGAGCGG